AUGGCUGGAGAGAGGAUCAUAGAGAAUUCUGAGCAAAUGGUUCAAGGUCUGAAGCCUGAUUCCGCUGCUGUUAAACCUGAGAAAGAUAUGGGAAGCUUCAAACAAAAAUGGAUUAGCUCUGACACGGCUUCUCCUUUGCCUACUUUGGGGGAUGUUACAACUGGCCUCAAGGGUGACAAUCAAAAUUUAGAUGCAGAGCAAGGUGUUUAUUAUCCACCCACUAGCUGUUACAAUUAUUACUACCCAGGGUAUAAUGGAACCUUUAAUCAAUUGGAUGAUCAAGGUUAUCUUGCCAUGGGUGGUGGUUACUCAGGUAUCCCAUCAGACAAUAGCUCACUGCUCUAUUAUUUGCCUGGCUAUAAUCCUUACAACACUGGGUUUAUUGGUGCUGAUGGGGAACAGCUCCCCUAUGUAUCAUCUGGAUAUUUUCAGCAACCGGUCUCAUAUGGAUCUGAAGCCUUGCCACCUCAUACAUGGGAUUCGAUGUAUGUUGGAGAUGUCAAGAAUAGAGUUGUUAGCAAAACUGACGAUGUAAAAGCUGCCUUUGGCCAGAAUGAGUCUGUCAAUUCGAGCGUUAUUAACUCUUCAAAAAUUAAUUCUUCAUCAACUGUGCCUUUGAAUUCAAAAGCUCGAAAAUUUACAUUGCCAUCUGAUUUUUGCAAGUCCUUCCCUCACACUAGACCUCUCAAACCACUGAACAAGUUAGGUCCUGGUUUCCCGUCAAUUGAGAAUAUGAAUGGGGUUUACCCUGCUGGGAAGUUGUCUGCAUUCAGCAACCAAAAUAGAGGCCUUUAUAUGCACUAUGGUCCAAUGAACUACCAACCAAAUGGUAGAGUUUGGAACACCUAUCAAAGAUCUAGGUCAAGAAGUAAUUUUAGGCGAGAAGGAGAAAAUGAAGCUUCAAAUGAGCUGAGCCGUGGUCCUAGGGCGAAUGGUAAGAGUGAGCAUUCAAAGUUGUCAGCUGAUGAUGAACAAGCAGAGCUGACUGUUCAGAGGGAUAAAUACAAUUUGGAGGAUUUUCAAUGCGAGUAUGACAAUGGAAAAUUUUAUGUCAUCAAGUCAUACAGUGAAGAUGAUAUUCACAAAUGCAUUAAAUAUGAUGUCUGGUCUAGCACUCCAAAUGGCAACAAGAAACUAGAUGCUGCUUUCCGUGAUGCUGAGUUUAAAGCAACUGAAAAGGGCACCAAAUGUCCAAUUUUCCUGUUCUUUUCAGUGAAUGGUAGUGGACAGUUUCUAGGUGUAGCUGAGAUGGUUGGGCAGGUCGACUUUAACAAAAACAUGGACUUUUGGCAGCUUGACAAGUGGAAUGGGUUCUUCCCUGUCAAGUGGCACAUAGUUAAAGAUGUCCCCAAUAGUCUGUUGCGGCACAUAAUCUUGGAAAACAAUGAUAACAGGGCUGUUACCUACAGCAGGGACACUCAGGAGAUUGGACUGAAGCAAGGGUUAGAAAUGCUCAGCAUCUUCAAAAGUUAUUCUGCUAAGACGUCACUGUUAGAUGAUUUCAAGUUCUACGGAGGUCGGGAGAAGUCGCUAAAAGCCCAUAGAAGCACAAAGCCAACUCUUCAGACUGAUGUACUCAAGGAGGAUGAUAGUCCAAAGCCCCUUAAGGAAGGCUGCAAGACAAAUGGGACGGAUUUGAUGCCAUCAUUAGUCAAUCUCACAAAAGACCUCUCACUUAAUCCUCCUCUCCCGCUGAAGAGCACUGUGUGAACUAGAUAGAAGACAAAGCGCCUCUUAAAAAGGCGAUUUAGUUGUCAGAACAGCUUUAAAGCACCACAGGGGUUUUUCAUUGUUUUCUAUACUUAUUUUUCUUUUGCUUUCUACCUGAAUCUAGUUUAGAGGGGCGCUUUGAUGUCUUGUAUGUUGCUGGGUCUUAAAUCUGGUUGGCUUUUUUUUUUUUUUUUUUUUUUAAUUGAUGUUUUUCUCUUAAUUUUUGCGAAGGGAGAUGUUUCAUCUCCAUUUUGCUUGCUUA